CUCGACUGCACCCAACAAAUACCCCAGCAUCCAACCCAAACCAAAGAGUUUAACCACUCUCUUCUAAGACGGGGACUCCAACAAAUCUAUAAACAACACAUUAUACUUCCCGCUACCUCUUCACAUUUACCAGGGAGAAAAGGCAAAACAACAUGUGUUUCGGCACCAGCAAACGCGAACGAGCCCGCCUCGGAAAACAACCGCAGGCCCAAACACAAAGCAAUAAUCAAUACUACUACAGACCGAGCCCGUACUAUAAGCGGAGCAACGGUCACUCGCGAUGGAAUGGUUAUAGCCAUGGACGUGCAGGAGGUUGGGGUGGAGGGGGGAACGGUGGAGAUGGGGGAGGAGGAGGAGGAGGAGGUGGUGGUGGUGGUUGUGACGGAGGAGGUGGAGGGGGUGGAUGCUAAGGGUGAUGGUUAUGAGGUUGCUAUAUACUGAUACUGGAAGGCGUGGUGGUUAUAGAGAGAUUGAUACAAGAACGCGUGGUAAUUUUAUUUCUGUAGCAAAUACACUCACAUAAGCAAGCAUGAAGCAUUUAAACCCUUGAUCUAAAGUUAGAUUGAAAGGCAUCAUAGAAGAUAGUACCUGUGUAGGAUGCACAGACAGAGCCUUAAGCUUAUCGUGGAGACCCA